UAUAUAAUGAAUUAGAACACAGCAUACAGUCGGGCGCUUGUGGCCUGGUCUUGCUGGGGAAGGCUUCUCCUCUCGACGAAUAAAUAAUACACGAUAUGUCUUGUCUCUCAGCUUUUUCCUCCCUCCACCUCUUCUUUGUCCAUGGCGACCUUCCAAGGCACCGAUGGCGAGCUCCUGCUGGCGGUGGAGGAAGACAUGAACGGCGGCGAGGGGCCGAAGAUUCUGAUCAGGGAACUAGUGCGGGAAUCGGAGAUGGGAGAGGCGAUACUGAAGAAGGUGAAUCUGGAGGUCUCCAGAGGGAUAGUAAUGGGGAUCAUAGGUCCGAGCGGCAGCGGCAAGUCGACCUUGCUGAGGGCCUUGAACCGCCUCUGGGAGCCGCCGGAGGCAUCGGUGUUCUUGGACGGCAAAGAUAUCUGCCACCUCGACGUCUUGUCCCUCCGCCGCAAGGUUGGGAUGCUCUUCCAGCUUCCGGCUCUAUUCCAAGGCACGGUUGCAGACAACGUUAGGUAUGGGCCACAGUUGAGGGGGAAGAAGCUUAGUGACAAUGAGGUUCAUAAGUUGCUGAGCCUUGCAGAUCUGGAGGCCUCCUUUUUCAACAAGCCCAGUUCAGAGUUAUCGGUCGGCCAGGCUCAAAGGGUUGCUCUGGCCAGGACCCUUGCCAAUGAACCAGAGGUGUUGCUGUUGGAUGAGCCAACAAGUGCCCUAGAUCCGAUCUCGACACAGAACAUUGAGGAUGUUCUUGUGAAGCUGAAGAAAAGAGGAAUGACAGUAGUCAUGGUUUCUCACAGCAUCAAGCAAAUCCAGAGGGUUGCUGAUGUUGUGGCCCUUCUUGUGAGCGGAGAGAUUGUUGAGAUCUUGAAGCCCGAUCGGCUCUCUGAAGCCAAACAUCCCAUGGCACAAAGGUUUCUUCAGCUCAGCUCUUAAAUUUUUCAUCUUUAUGAUAAAAACUAAUAUUAUGUUGCUAAUGACGAUGAAAACAUUAAUGGAUCAGAUUUUCUUGCAACAAUAACAAUAUUUAGUUGUUUUA